AUGAGUUGCUCGAAACUGUGGAACUGUUCGGAAACCAUUUUCAAUGGUGGUAUCAAGAUCUUCCUGUAUGCGUCGACGAGAACGAAACUGAAGGUUGCCGUCGGAGAAGUGCCCGGGCCAACAGUCCACGGAUGCGUUUCGUUUGUGACUGAGGCUGAUAGUGACGACGGUCUUCCGCACACAUUGGAGCAUUUGGUGUUCAUGGGAAGCAAAAAAUAUCCGUUCAAAGGUGUUUUGGAUAUCAUUGCAAAUCGAUGCUUGGCUGAUGGAACGAAUGCGUGGACUGAUAUCGAUCAUACUGCAUACACGUUGAAUACGGUUGGAAGCGAUGGAUUUUUGAAGGUUCUUCCGAUUUAUAUAAAUCAUCUUCUCAAUCCGAUGCUUACGGAAUCUCAAUUUGCUACUGAGGUUCAUCAUAUCGACGGCAAAGGUAAUGAUGCCGGCGUUGUUUAUUCGGAAAUGCAAGAUCAUGAAUCGGAAAUGGAGUCGAUCAUGGAUCGCAAGACCAAGGAACUCAUUUAUCCGCCGUUGUACCCGUACGCCGUCGACACUGGUGGUCGAUUGAAGAAUCUGCGAGAAUCGUGCACAAUUGAAAAAGUGCGCGCCUACCACAAAAAAUAUUACCAUUUGUCGAACAUGGUGGUUACUGUAUGCGGAAAAGUAGAUCAUUCGAAAUUGUUGCAAAUCAUGGAAGACGUCGAACAGGAGCAUAUGGCAUCAGUUCCAGAAGUAUUCCCUCGUCCAUUCUCGAUUCAACCCUGCGAAAUCAAGGAAAGCAUUGUUGAAAAGGUCAAAUGUCCAUCCGACGAUAGCUCAAGAGGAUCUGUUGAGAUCACCUGUGUGCUCUUCGAUUAUUUCACAAAUACUUCGGUUUCGCCUCUUCAAAAGGAUUUCGUUCUCAUUGACGAUGCACUAGCAAGUAGCGCUUAUUUCCAUGUCACUGAAGCUGUUCGUUGCGAAAUUCGCUUGAAUUUUGGCGGAGUUCCCGUUGAGAAGCUUGAAAGUGUUGCUCCGAAAUUCUUCGACAAAACUCUACGCGAACACUUGGAACCAACGAACUGGGACAUGGAACGAAUGGGAUUCUUGAUUGAUCAGACGAUUCUCAACGAGCUUGUCAAACUGGAAACUAGCGCUCAAAAGGAUAUCGCCGCGCAUAUCAUUGGACAUCAACUAUUUGAUAAUAAUGAUACGGAGCUGCUCAAUAAGAGAUUCAACGAAGUGGAAUAUUUGAAAAAAUUGAAAUCCGAGCCGGCGACAUUCUGGGCGGAACUGGCAAAGAAGUACUUUACAACACCAAGUGCGACAGUCAUCGGAGUUCCGGAUGAGGCGUUGGUGAAUGAGAUUGCCCAAGAAGAAGAGAAAAGAAUUGCCGCGCAACGAAAGAAACUAGGAAAAGACGGAUUGUUGCAAAAGAAAAAAGAAAUUGAAGCCGCUAUCAAAGAGAAUACGUCGCAACAUCCGACGCACGAGCUCCUUGAUAAGCUGAUGGUGAAGGAUUUGGAGGAUUUCGAUCGAUUUCCUGUUCAAUCGCUGACCAAAGAUUCGGCCGGUUUGACAUCAAUUCAAGCCAAAUUCUUGUCGCAAUUCCCAUUCGAUGCUACACUUCACAAUUGCCCAACGAAAUUCGUUGAAGCAACAUUCCUUCUCGAUUCUGCCGAUCUUACACUUGAGCAGAGAUGCCUUCUUUUGCUCUAUACUGAUCUUUUAUUCGAGUGCCCAGCUAUUGUCGACGGCGUACAAAAAACCGCUGAGGAAGUUGCUAAAUUAUCAACGAAAGACCUCAUCGAUCAUUCGGUUCAAGUUGGUGUAUCAGGCUACUUUGACAAAUUAGUCAACUUAAAACUCAAAGUUGGAGCUGACAAAUUCCAUAUUUUGUCAAAAUGGGCUCAGAUUUUCACGCAGGGAAUCGUGUUCGACGCGAGCCGUAUCAAAAUGUCAGCUCAAAGAUUGGCUAGUGAGGCCCGAGAGAAGAAACGGGAUGGAUGCAGUGUGUCGCAGACUGCGAUUACCUCAUUGGUUUAUAAUCAAAAUUCGAACUCAUCACUUUAUGAUGACAUUGUUUUGGAAAAGGUGCACGAGAAGAUUGCCAAAGAGGCAUCGAAGAAUCCGAAUGCUGUUAUCGAAAAAUUAGAAGAUGUUCGUCGCGCGGUUUUCAAGAAUGGAUUGAACGCCCACUUUGUUUGCGAUGUCGAGUUGAUCGAUGAAAAACAAAUGUCGCCUCAAUUGUGGCAGUGGUCUUGCGACGAUCAACGAUUCGGCUCCGGAAAUCGUAUAAUUAGUUUGCCUGGGGAAGAUAACAGCUCCGUUCUUGGACGCGAAUAUCUCAUCGGAGUUGGUGGAUCGGAAUCUUCAUUUAUCAUUCAGACGGCUCUUAUGGAUGCUGAAUGGAAUUCGGAGAGUCUUUUGCCGACAAUGGUGUUCGGACAAUAUUUAAGCCAAUGUGAAGGACCAUUGUGGUGUGCUAUUCGUGGAACUGGAUUGGCUUAUGGUGCGAAUAUUUAUGUGAAACCUGAUAGGCAACAAAUUACUCUCUCAUUGUACCGGUGUGCGAAACCAUCGUUGGCAUAUGAAAAGACAAAGGAGAUUGUGAUGGAUAUUGUGAAGAAUGGAAAUGUGUCGGAAACUGAGUUCGAAGGAGCCAAACGGUCGCUCGUUUUUGAAAUGAUGAAAAGAGAAAGUACGGUAGCGAGUGCUGGCAAGUUGAGCAUUCUCAGCACUUUCCGCAAUACACCAUAUCCAUUCAAUGUUGAUUUGUGCCAACGUAUUUGGGAGAUGUCAUCGGAAGAGAUGGUUCGACUUGGAGGAGAGCGUAUUGCUCGCUUAUUCGAGAAGCAGAGCUUUGUUCGCUCCAUCGCCGUUCAUCCAUCGAAGGUUAAGGAAAUGAAAGAAUCGUUCCCUGAAAUCGAGACGAUCAACAUGAGCGCCCUUCAGAUUCCAGCUCUAUCUAAUUGA